GCCACACCCCCCGGGACCCUGACCCAGCCCAGAUCUCUCCAGGGACCCCGGUCCUGCCCCCAGCCCACAAGUCAGGGAGCCCGACAGGCCCUGAGCACUCGCCCGGCCGCUGCCUGUGAGGAAGAUGCCACCUCUGUGCCGCCGUCCGGCCCGCCGAGUCCUUCUCCUCCUACUGGCCCUGCUAUUGCCCUCAUCACCCCCGGCCUGCGCUCCAGCGCCCCCGGGCCCCGCCGCCGCCCUGCUCCAGGCUCUCGGGUUGCCCGACGUGCCCCGGGGCGCCCCCAGAUCCCGGCCCGUACCCCCUGUCAUGUGGCGCCUGUUCCGCCACCGGGACCACCAGGAGGCCAGGGCGGACCCGCGGAGGAUGCCCCCGGGCGCCACCUUGCUGCCGUGCCACGUGGAGGCGCUGGGGGUCGCCGGAAACAUCGUGCGCCACGUCGUGGACCGCGGAGCGGCCGCCCGCCCUCCGGAACCCGCCUCAGCUGCAGGGCAGUGCCCUGAGUGGACCGUCAUCUUCGACCUGUCGGCCGUGGAACCAGCCGAGCGCCCGAGCCAGGCCCGCCUGGAGCUGCGCUUCGCGGCUGCGGAGGCGACAGCGGGGACGACUGGCGGCUGGGAACUGAGCGUGGCGCCGGCGGAAGCAGGCCUCGGGCCGGUGGGGCUCCGCCAGGUGGUGCCCACGCUGGGACUGCCGGUGCGUGCCGAGCUGCUGGGCUCCAUCUGGGCCCGCAAUGCCUCGGCGCCCCGCAGCCUCCGCCUGACGCUGGCGCUGCGUCACCGGACCCCCGCGGCCUGCGCGCGCCUGGCCGAGGCCUCGCUGCUGCUGGUGACCCUCGACCAGCGCCUGUGCCACCCCCUGGCCCGGCCGCGGCGCGAGGCCGAGCCCCCAGUGGGCGGCGGCUCCGGGGGCGCGUGUCGCGCACGGCGGCUCUAUGUGAGCUUCCGCGAGGUGGGCUGGCACCGCUGGGUCAUCGCGCCUCGCGGCUUCCUGGCCAACUACUGCCAGGGCAAGUGCGCGCUGCCCGCGGUGUUGUCUGAAGCCGGCGGGACUCCUGCGCUCAACCACGCGGUGCUGCGCACGCUCAUGCACGCGGCCGCCCCCGGCGCCGCCGGCCUGCCCUGCUGCGUGCCCGCGCGCCUGUCACCCAUCUCCGUGCUCUUCUUUGACAACAGCGACAACGUAGUCCUACGGCACUACGAAGACAUGGUGGUGGAUGAGUGCGGCUGUCGCUGA